AUGUGCUUUCAAAUAUUAUUUGAUUUUUUAAGGUUUGGACUCGAAUUUGAACUUGUAUGCAGAUGGCACAGCACCUUGCGCUCCAAGACGUGUCGUCGAAGUUCGUUGCUCUUUUGCUACGUCCAGCUCAUUCGGGACUGUCCGGACGAUGUCGCUGCGCGGCGCGCCGCGUACGACAAGGCCAUGCAAAUGGUGUACGGCAACGGCGGCAGUGGCGGCGGCGCUGCCGCCCCGCUGCCGCAGCCACCGCUUUUGGGUCCUGGCGGCGGCUGCGGCACCGGCACCGGCAGCGCCGGUGCUUCACCUCGGGUAGCACCGUACCACAGGAGCAGCGUUCCCGGCAACUCGGCUAUCCCGCUGCCAGCUGGGCCCGCUCCCUUGAGAGUGUCCUGUAAUGGAAUCAACGGUUUGAGUUUGGAGCAUGGCUGGUCUUACAACAUCCGUAUUCCGGGAUGUCCUUCCUUCCGCGACCUCGUUCCUUUCCCCAACAACAAGAACAACAACAACAACAACAGCAUGAGCAGCACCAGCACCAGCACCAGCACCAGCACCAGCAAGUACCGCUACAAGCGCCACACAUAUUUUAUCAGCAGCAACAGCAACAGCAGCAUGACGGGCAGAAUUUCAAAGAUCCCCAGCUAUCUUGUCGUACAGCCGUACAGGCGUUGCCGGCGCAGUUGCUGCCAACCGUUCACCCCUUUCACCAACACGCCGGGAGUCAUUCCGUCCAUUCAGAUGCCCAAUUGGGGCUGGGCCAACCCGCUUGACGGUGCCGUCGGCGGCGAAAGUGACGGCGAAUGUGGUGGCUGCGGCGGCGGCGGCGGCGCCGCCGCUGCCAACGACGUCGCCGCAGCCUUCGAUAGCGAUACGGCAUUUGCGACCUGGUCCACGGGAUUAGCGUCGGUGUCCCUGGCGGGAAUGUCGGGGGAACCCCUGGACCUCACAAUGUACGAUAUCGCGCUACUGCCAUGUGCCGCCGCUGCCGCGCGUCAGAGCAACGCUACCACGCAGACCGCUACGGCCAACAUCAUCAGUGCUGCAAUGGUCGAAGCGUGCGACGCCGACAACUCGGCAGCGGCGGCGGCGGCGGCGCCGCCGCCGCCAUCCUGUUCGUCGCAGCCGCAGCUUCAUUCAUGCGGCCACCAGCUGCAGCCGCAGCCGCCGCAGCUACAGCCGCCGCGCCAUCGCGAGGCGGAGGAGGGUGGGUAUUUCUCGCUCGAGGCGCCAUCGCGCGCGCCACGGCUCCCGCCGUCGUCGCCGUCGCUGCUGCCCGCGUCACCGCGUGCGUCAUCGACGCCGGCAGGUUCUCUGAUGUUCUUACGCUCCGAAGGGGCGGCGGCGGCGGCGGCGGCAGCCCUGACGGCGCCUAGAAGCGGCGCCGCCGCUGCCAACGGUACUGCUGUCUCCACUGCGGGAGCUCCGGGAGCGACGACGGCCGCCGCUGGAUUGUCUUCGCUGCUUCUUAAGGGUCUGUCCGGAGGGAUUGUAAGGGAGGUUUCGGAGCCGCUUCCCAGCGGCGGUGGUGGUGGUGCCGGCGGCGGCGACGGUGGUGGCGGUAGCGGCAUCUUUGCACUGCACAGCUGCGAUGUCGUGGGCCCUAUGGGACUGUCCCACCACCAGCAGCAGCAGCAGCAACUGUCUCAGCUACAGCCGCAGCCUCGGCCCACGUCAGUGCCGGCUACUGCGGCGGCGGCGGUUUCCGCGCUUCUGCGCGUGGGGCAGCAUCAGCAGCAGACGCUGACGCAGCAGCAGCAGCAGCAGCAGUUAAUGCCGCCUCCGCCGCGUCCGCAUUCCUCGCCUGCCCAGCCAGUGCAGCUUCAAUCGCAGCUACAGCUGCAGCUGCUACAGCAGCGCGAUUCGAGAGAUUCAUUGGACGAGAUUCUAGAACGUUUCGACCCGGCGAGCACAGCGUCAAACGCCUUGGCGGAAUUGCCGACCAUCCAGGCGGAAGACCGACCCACGGGUCACUUCGGCGACCGUCCCACGGGUCAUUCCCAGUAUCGACCCACGACGGGGGGGGAGGGGGAGGAUAAAAUGUCAGGUCCGGACCCAACCUUUGUGUAUCCCGUGGGUCCACGUGCAUGCGCGCACCCCUGA